GCUGCAAUAGUGGAUUUUUAAAUGCCAGUCACAGUGUUUAAUGUAUUUCUUAUUUUGGUAUUUCAAUUUCUGGGAUGAAAGAAAAAAAAUAAAUACAGAAAGCAUAAUUGAAAGGUCUUGUGGGACACGUGACAAAGCUCCCAAUUUCGGGACUGUCCCGCAAAAAGCGGGACGGGUGGUCACCCUACAUGACAGUGAUGUGGCAUCGGCGCCGGUUCAAGUCGGACUAAAUUUCUAACCGGCAUGCACUGCUUCAAGUCAGCCGCCGAUCGGUCUGCGCGCAGUGCUGCAUGAAGUCGAACACACCUUUUGAUAUGCGCUCUGAACCACUGUUUCGAAACAAUUGAUUCACAAAAGUUUUCAGGCAAAGUGGAUGCCACACAGACCUGCAAAGAACUUUAUGAAUCUCUCAUGGAAGCUCAUCUUUCCAGAGAUAAGACAAUAAAGUCAUGCAUUACAGAGACCUCUGCUGUCGUCGGGCAGUUACGUGAAGAGAGGGCAAAAGACAGCGACAACUUGUCAAUAAUCAAGCAACUCAGGAAAGAGCAAACUAAGUUAAAACUCAUGCAGUCUGAGCUAAAUGUUGAAGAAGUGGUUAAUGACCAGAGUCUGAAGGUUUUCCAUGAAAGGUGGCGAAUUCACUACAUCCCUCCCAAGAUCAAGUGAAUAAUACUUCUGUUGUCAACACAGUUGUUCUGAGGAAAAUACCUGGAGCCUGUACCAUGAUGGCAGAUGAACAAAUUCAGAUUUACAGAAUUAGUUUUGAGUUGACAAAACCAAACCACUCCAGUUUGGCUUUAUUGGCACCAUGAUGCUGAUCAUCAGCUUUCUUUGUCAACUCAGGCUUUGAUCCUAGUUUGUGGAGUGCCUGUGCAUGAAUGUGUGACAUCAGUGGUGAACAGCCAAUCACAACACAGAACAAGUGUGAUUCACUUCUCACUAGAAAG